ACUCUCGCCAACGUSUGUCCAYAAAUAAGCACGAUGKGUUUCUAUGGGCUUAUUUUGGAUCUAAGCUUGUCGCCUUCCUUCACGACUUUCGGACAACCAACUCCCAUUGUUAGGGCGGAGACAUGAGCAUCUCGUCAUUAUAUACAGAUAUCUGUUUUACCCUGCUUUCCCCGGCCAUGUCUAGAUGGGAUACAGAUUUUGUCAAACUGACGUACAGAUUUUUGCAUUUUAGCUAACCCCAACUAUUUUCCUAACCUUAAUCUAAUGACCCUAACGUGCUACUUUAAUUCUCAUAACCUGCUGCGUAAAUUCACCUAAACUCUACUACGAAAAUUCCAUUUGACAAAAGUUGUAUCCCUUCUAGACAUAACCGCUUUUACCCGACCCUCACAGAUAAUUCUGAAAAGCGUCCAUGUAGCUAGCUACAGACAGGUCACGAGUCUGAUCAUCAUCUGCUGAAAAUUGGAUCCAAUGGAACAAUAUGUGAGAUAUGGAAACAUUGGUCAGUCAGAAGAGCUUUUUGAUCAAUCAUUGCAUUGGAGUGAGGUUAAAGAGGAGGCUGAAGAAUGUCAGAUUUCAGCUGUGCCAUUAGGAGUUGAAACGUCACAGGUUUUUAAAAAAGAGGACACCGAUGGACAAGAUCCUUCCUUUGAAACAGUUUCAGACGUCCAUGGAGUCGCAGAGCAAGAGCGUGGACCUAAAGGCAAGGUGCUGCCUUCACCAGUCCCAGUCAAAGAGGAGUCUGAAGAAUGCUCCCUUCUGCCAGUAGAUGAAGAGGAGGUUACCUUAAUUACAGUGAAGGAAGAAGAGAAUGAAGAUGGGUUGAAGUCAGAAGAUGAGAAUAUUGUGAAAGUAUCAGUGCCUUGGGAGCCGUUGGAAACAUCACCAUCAUACUCGGAUACAGAUGAUACAGAGGACAGUGAGAUGGAAGGUGAUAAUGUGCAGGACUGUGAAAACGAUGAGCAUGACAUUUCAGUAGGAUUGAAGAUUGAAGAUUGCAGCAGGACAUCAUUGGAUCAAGGGACUGCACCAGGUGACUCUAAAGGUGUGUCCUCCUUCUAUCCAUGCCCCCAAUGUGCGCUCGGCUUCACCAUAGAGCGCUUUUUCCAUGGGCACCUCAAGAGGGACCACCCUGAAGAGUACAUUGCAAUGUUGAAGUCUGGGAAAAUCAUAGCAAAAAAAGAAAACAGUGUACAGCUGACCCCAGCCACCUGCCCGCAAUGUGGCAAAAGCUUCUACAAUAAAUAUGUKAUGCAAACGCAUCAGAGGACUCACACAGGGGAGAAACCCUAUCAUUGUGUAGACUGUGGGAAGAGCUAUGUCUGCGCUGAAUCACUUAAAACACACAGAAGGACUCACACUGGGGAGAGACCAUAUAAAUGCUUUGAGUGUGGGAAAGGAUUUGGAGAACGAUCCCAACGGAUUAGACAUGAAAUGAUCCACACAGGAAGACCAUAUAAAUGCUCUCAGUGUGACAAAUGUUUUUGCUUUUCCAGAGACUUUAAGAGACAUCAGUUGACACAUAAGAAGACCCACACUGGACAUAGACCCUAUAAUGUCCACAGGUGUAAGAAGUCCUCUGGCCAGCUAGAAGCUCUCAAAGCACACCAGAAAACACACAAAGGAGAAAAGCCUUUUCAAUGKUCUGUGUGACAAUUGUUUUGGAUUUUUCAGAGACCAUACCAUACAUCAGUUGACACAUACAGGGGAGAAAUCGUUCACACAGCACCUAAUGUCCUAUAAACACCAGCCUGAGAGGCUUGAAGGAAGUCACAAUAUCAUCUGCUACAGAAUCGCAAAGUGUCACAGAUGUGUGCCCUCGACUCAGUCUGGUGUCAAACUUUAACCAUAACAUUCAACACUGGCAGACAUUUGAUAUUGGUAGUUAAACAGGUCAAAAGUAUGAACAUCUUUACUUAGUUCCAACAGAUAAUUGUAGACUAAUAAGGGAAAUGUCUUCCCACACAUACAAUCAUGCUUAUUACAUACCAAUUAAUAUAAUCAGUAAAUCAAAUACUGGAAAAUAAUGUAUCAAUUAAUUUUCCCUUUACAGUCCCCCUUUGGUCAAACAGACAUAAAACAUACGUGUCGCGCCCUAUGACCACAGAUGCCUUAAUGCAUAUAGAUUACUACARAUUUCAGUGUGUAGACCCCCACAAUCAACCUGCCAUUUAAACAACAACAACAUUGUUUGCAAUCCCAAAUCAAUUACAGGCAGGCUUCUUCCAAUUGUUUACAGUUCAGACUCACAACAGCACAAAUGAAAUGUAUGACUAUUAGAGAUGGGAUUUGAUGAUGAUGUCCCGAUGUCAAUGUCCAGGAGAUUGUAUUUAACCAACCAGACAAGCUUUCACCACCAUCACCUGCUGCACAUUCUGCCUCGUCAGAUUCUCCCACACACCAGUAGCAUGAUAGAAGUUUCGAUUAGAUCUCCCCAUGCCAGCUCCACGUGCUUAGUCUCAGGACACAUGCAUCGAUAGCUCAGAUGCUGUACACAGGUUGCUUCACUCAGGCUAGUAGUUGAGAGACAGGGCAGUUGUGGAUGCGGUUUUUCAGCUGGUUAGGGAGGCGGGGGUCUUGCACUGAUCUGGUCAAAUUAAUCGGAUGCAUAUAGGUACCCWCUGGGGGCUGUAUGGCCAUCACCUCGAAAAAAUUAUCAGAUUAAUUAGACCAUUACAAAUACAUAUUACCACAAGUACAUUCUUGACACAAUAAUCUUUAACAAGAUACACAUGAUUAGUCAUCAACACGUGUCUCCGUUCUUGAUUAAACACAGGCAUAGUUAUACUCUGUCUCACAACAAAAUUAUCUACCAUUCCCACUGGAACUGUCAGAUCCCCCAUUGAUUUUAUUUUUUUCCCUGGUUUUGAACGAGGUUAAACCCCUUUUCAUUAGAUAUGUAGAUAUGGUUCUGUGUGGCUCAGUUGGUAGAGCAUGGCGCUUGCAAAGCCAGGGUUGUGGGUUUGUUUCACACUGGGAAUCGCUACGAAAAAAAUAUGAAAAUGUAUGCACUCAGCACUGUACGUCACUCUGGAUAKGCGCAUCUGCUAGAUGACUAAAAUGUGAAUGUAAAUGUAAUAUCAUAUUUGUAUAUCUCCUUCAGGAUAAACAAAUACAGCAUAUAUUACAUUUUAAGUACACAGUGCUGAGCUGUCUGUAUAUUUUUUAUUCUACUUUUAUUUUACCAGGCAGGUCAAUUAAGCCAAACAAAAAGUCAUAUUAGUUAUAAUUUCUAUUUCAUUUGUCCACCUAAAAGUAAAACAUUCCAUACUCCAGGAUUAUCCAAUAAGUGUCUCAAAUUACACAUACUCCUAUUUUCAUUUACUCUAACCCGGAGCCCCAAGUGUGGCUCCCAACAGGUUUUUAAAAAUGAAACACUUUUGUUCACAGGGAGGACAGCACCCUUUACUUUCUCAUUAUUGGAAGGCAUAGUUUAUAUUUUAGUCUAAAGUUUUACUGUAGAUAUGUAUUACCAAUCUCCGUUGGAUAUUCUUUAUUUGCUAUAUUAUAAAUGUCUGUUAUUUUUUGAUUCAUAUGUAACUAUAAAAUACAUCAGCCAUAUAUCAAUGUUCAACUAAUUAAAAACGUAACUAUCACUUGAACUACUCCUUACAGCUUUUCAAAACCAAUCACAGUCAUGCAAUUUGUCAGGCAGCUCAAGGGCUUCAAUACUCUUGUCUUUUUGAGCGACAUUUUUWUUWWUUUAUUGUCCUGUCAGAGAAAUUUCACAUAUCAACACGGCUGCCUUCUCAGCCUAAUCUUAUAUUUCGACCAAAAGCUCCAGCCAUUCGCACGGCUGGCCCUUCACAAACCACCAUCUUUUCUCCAUGUUUUUGUAACUUUGUUCUACCAUGACAAAAGAAGCAGACAUCAAAUAUUGGAGGGUGAAAGGCAAUUCACAAAUAUAGAACCAUAGUUCCAAAAGUAGACCAGUGGCAACCCAUCAUUCAGGGCAUGUGGGGUAGAGCCUACCUGUUUAGCAAAAAAUAAAUACGAUUAUAUAUAUAUAUAUUUUUUGUUGUUGCCGGUUUUGCAUGUUAUUUUGGCAUUAA